AUGUUUGUCAGCCAUUUUCCAAGCUUCAAGCUCAAAACUUUCCUCCCUUACUUUGAACGUUAUUCUUCCCGCUGCACAAGAAAACCCCAUAAAUCACCUGAACUUGUAUACGCAAGCAAUGUGAGGAUCAACGAAUUGGCACGACAAGGCAAACUUCAACGUGCCCGGAAGGUGUUUGAUGAAAUGCUGGAGAGAGAUGUAAUUUCUUGGAAUUCAAUGAUUACGGCCUAUUGGCAAAAUGGGUAUCUCCAUGAGUCAAUGAAACUCUUUGUAUCAAUGCCGGAGAUGAGUGUAGUGACUUGGAAUUCAAUGAUUGCGGGUUGUGUGGAAAACGAUUGCAUUGAUGAUGCUACUAUGUAUUUUAGAACUAUGCCUGAACGGAAUAUUGGGUCUUGGAACGUGAUGAUUUCAGGUUAUGUUAAGUAUGGUAUGAUGGAGAAAGCAGCGAGGUUGUUUGACGAGAUGCCAAAAAAGAAUGUCAUUUCUUAUACCGCAAUGAUUGAUGGAUACAUGAAGAAAGGUGACAUUGAUAAGGCAAGGUUACUUUUUGAACGUAUGCCGCAUAAAAAUGAGGUUUCAUGGACAGUGAUGAUUAGUGGGUAUGUAGACAACGAAUGUUUCGAUGAGGCAAAUGAACUGUUUCAAAAGAUGCCAGAUAAGAAUGAGAAUGUGGUUGCAAUGACAGCAAUGGUUGUUGGGUACUGCAAGGAGGGGCGGGUGGAGGAAGGAAGGAUUCUGUUUGACAGAAUACUAUUUAAAGAUAACGUUGCUUACAAUGCCAUGAUUUCAGGUUAUGCACAAAACGGACACAGUGAAGAGGCACUCAAGUUACUGGUCGAGAUGCUUAGGAUGUCUCUUCGACCAGAUGAAUCACUAUGUGCUUCAGUUCUUUCUGCAUGUGCUGCUCUCGCAUCUCCUGUAGCUGGUAGACAAACUCACGCAGUUGUUAUUAAACAUGGGGCCGACUCCAAUGUCUCUGCGUGUAAUGCUCUGAUUACUAUGUAUAGCAAAUGUGGCAGCAUUUUUGAGUGUGAGUUAGCUUUUGAACUAAUCACAAGCCCAGACCUCGUUUCUUGGAACACUAUAAUCGCAGCCUUUGCACAGCACGGGUUAUACAAGAAAGCAGUAGCAUUUUUGGAGCGAAUGGUUCUCAGAGGAUGUGAACCAGAUGGUAUAACAUUCCUCAGCUUAUUAUCUGCUUGUGCUCAUGCAGGGUUGGUUAGUCAGAGCGUUUCAUGGUUUGAUUCAAUGACGAGAAACUACAACAUUACUCCAAGACCUGAGCAUUACGCUUGUUUAAUUGAUAUACUUGGACGAGCAGGUCAGCUAGACAAGGCUUACAACGUUAUCCAAGAAUCGCCUUUUCAAGCUGAUUUAGCAGCAUGGGGUGCCCUUCUUGCUGGCUGUCGCGCUCAUUCCAAUGUAGAACUUGGACAGCUUGCUGGAACGAGAGUCAUGGAAUUAGGCGGUGAGAGUUCAGGGCCUUACAUUAUGUUAUCUAACAUAUACGCUGAAGCAGGUAUGUGGGGCGAGGUCACGAGAGUGAGAGGGUUGAUGAAAGAACAUGGAAUCAGAAAGCAACCGGCGUAUAGUUGGACUGAGAUUGAAAAUAAGGUGCAUUAUUUUCUCGGAGGGGAUAUCUCUCAUCCAAGAAUUCGCGAAAUACAUAUGAUACUCAAGCAGAUGAACUUGCAGAUGAAAAAAGUUUUGGAUUUCACUGACUUUUAUACUUCAUAGAUGAACUGAAAGUUAGUUAGUUAUCUGAUGUUUUGUGAUUGCAAUUCCGACCCAAUGUAUUUAUAAGUGAGGCAUCACGUUACUGCUCAAUACGAAUUUAAAUUAAUCGAAAUAGUGGAUUAAUCUAGUUUGUUUUUAUUGAUUUCAAGAAAUAUAGAUUAUGAGAAA